UCAUUCACUUUGUAGAGUUGUUGAAUCACCUUCUACUUGUGCUUGCUUUUAAAAUAGAGGAGCUGAAGGGAGGUUUUUGUAGGAGAGUGGAGAAUGCUGAAAAGUGAAGGAGAGAGUUGGGAGGGAGCAAUGCCCAGAGUUAAAAGUAUGUGGAAGGGAUAGUUAUGAUGGUGAAGCUAAAAGCCUAGGUCCCAUUUCUUUUCUACCCAGGGAUUUGCCCCAAUUGGCCCAGGAACGCUCUACUUUAGUCUUGUCUGCGCAUGUCAAGCUCUUUUGUCCCUCGGCGGACACCGUUUGCCAGCCAAAGCUAUGUCUCCACGUUCGCCGCCGUAGUAGGGUGCCGAAUUCUACCCUUUUUUUCCACGCUUGCCAUGGCAAGCCGAGGGGUUCGGCAGCGCCUGAAGGGAAGUGGGGGAAGCGGCGGGGAAGCGGCCUCUGCUGCGGACAAGCUGCGGGAGCUGCUGUGCAGCCGGGAGGCGGGCGGCGCGGAGCCCCGGAGCGAGUUAUCUGGGAACAAAGCAGGACAAGUCUGGGCACCUGAAGGAUCAACUGCUUUCAAGUAUCUGCUCUCAGCAAGGUUAUGUGCUGCUCUUCUGAGCAACAUCUCUGACUGUGAUGAAACAUUCAACUACUGGGAACCAACACAUUACCUCAUCUAUGGGAAGGGGUUUCAGACUUGGGAAUAUUCCCCAGUUUAUGCUAUUCGCUCCUAUGCUUACCUGUUGCUUCAUGCCUGGCCAGCUGCAUUUCAUGCGAGAAUUCUACAAACUAAUAAGAUUCUUGUCUUUUACUUUUUACGAUGUCUCCUGGCUUUUGUGAGCUGUAUCUGUGAACUUUACUUUUACAAGGCUGUGUGCAAGAAGUUUGGACUGCAUGUGAGUCGAAUGAUGCUAGCCUUCUUGGUUCUCAGCACUGGCAUGUUUUGCUCAUCAUCAGCAUUCCUUCCAAGUAGCUUCUGUAUGUACACUACAUUGAUAGCCAUGACUGGCUGGUAUAUGGAUAAGACUUCUGUUGCUGUGCUUGGAGUAGCAGCUGGGGCCAUCUUAGGUUGGCCAUUCAGUGCAGCUCUUGGUUUACCUAUUGCCUUUGAUUUGCUGGUCCUGAAACACAGGUGGAAGAGUUUCUUUCAUUGGUCGCUGGUGUCCCUAAUACUCUUUCUGGUGCCUGUGGUGGUCAUUGACAGCUACUACUAUGGAAAGCUGGUGAUUGCACCACUCAACAUUGUUUUGUAUAAUGUCUUUACUCCUCAUGGACCUGAUCUCUAUGGUACAGAACCCUGGUAUUUCUAUUUAAUUAAUGGAUUUCUGAAUUUUAACGUAGCCUUUGCUUUGGCUCUCCUGGUCUUACCACUGACUUCUCUUAUGGAGUACCUACUGCAGAGAUUUCAUGUUCAGAAUUUAGGCUACCCAUAUUGGCUUACCCUGGCUCCAAUGUAUAUUUGGUUUAUAAUUUUCUUCAUCCAGCCUCACAAAGAGGAGAGAUUUCUUUUCCCUGUAUAUCCACUUAUAUGUCUCUGUGGCGCUGUGGCCCUUUCUGCACUUCAGAAGUGUUACCACUUCGUGUUUCAGCGAUACCGCCUGGAGCACUAUACCGUGACAUCGAGUUGGCUGGCAUUAGGAGCACUCUUCCUGUUUGGGCUCUUAUCCUUUUCUCGCUCUGUAGCACUGUUCAGAGGGUAUCAUGGGCCCCUUGAUUUGUAUCCAGAAUUUUACCGAAUUGCUACGGACCCAACCAUCCACACUGUCCCAGAGGGCAGGCCUGUGAACGUCUGUGUAGGAAAGGAGUGGUAUCGAUUUCCCAGCAGCUUCCUUCUGCCUGAUAAUUGGCAGCUUCAGUUCAUUCCAUCAGAGUUCAGGGGCCAGUUACCGAAACCUUUUGCAGAGGGACCACUGGCCACCCGGAUUGUUCCUACUGACAUGAAUGACCAGAACCUAGAGGAGCCAUCCCGAUAUAUUGACAUCAGUAAAUGCCAUUAUUUAGUGGAUUUGGAUACCAUGAGAGAAACACCCUGGGAGCCGAAAUAUUCAUCCAAUAGAGAAGAAUGGAUCAGCUUAGCCUACAGACCGUUCCUUGAUGCUUCUAGAUCUUCAAAGCUGCUGCGGGCGUUCUAUGUCCCCUUCCUGUCAGAUCAGUAUACAGUGUAUGCAAACUACACCAUCCUCAAACCCCGGAAAGCAAAGCAAACCAGGAAGAAAAGCGGAGACCGGAGAAGAGCAGAACCAACUUACAGGAAGAAUUGAAAAUCCCUGAACUGGAUGGCUGUGUUAAGCUGUUGUCCACACUCUGGCCUGGCAUCCAAGAACUAGCAAGCCUCUCUUGGGCCAUAUGGGCUUCUCCACCAAAGCUGUUAGGAGUUUGGCAGCUCCUAGCAGACCUUCUUGUUCAAAUCCCAGUGCUGAAAAUGAGCACGCCCUAGUUGCCAUCCUACAUGUCCUUUUCACCUCCAGCAAGACUAAGCUUUUCUAAAGCACUUCACAGGACUAGGACCCUGUCCUGGAGAUAUCUCAGGAAAAAGGCAACCAUGGGAGGAACUGUGACUAAUUUCAUUAUAUAGGAUGCCUCUUGUUUUCAUUUUAUUUCCUUUACAACAAACUAUAACUAUAUGAUUUUUUUUUUAAGUUUUAGCGUGCUAUUUCUUGAAUUCAAGACUUCCCUGGAUAAAGGUAUCAACAGACCAGACUAUAACUAUAGAGAUAUAUUUGGAGAAAAAUUAAUUCUAUCAAUUGAUAGAUUUAGAUGAUAUCACAUUUUUAACUAAUGUAUUCUGAGGCCAUUUCUGAAGGAAUUAAUAAUUUCCCUUU